CCUUCAUUAAAGAACUUGGGAAAGAAAACCAGCCUGAGACAGAUGCUCUCGGCCUCGAUGCGGUCCUCAGAACUCUGUUCCCUAAAAGUCACCUUCACCAUUGCUCCACUGCACCGAGAAAAGAAAUGGUCAUAAAAGGUCUGUGUCUAUUUUAACUUCAUCUCCAGAAAACUGGGUCGCAGAUGGAAUAGUAUACCCCAAAAGAACGUGGCUUGGAAAUGAACUAUUGUCCAAACUGGCUAAAUGGUCCACUGAGGAAAAGCAGAGUGUGGCCUGAAGUAACAGAUCCUGAAAAAUUUGUAUAUGAAGAUGUUGCCAUUGCUACUUAUCUGCUGAUCCUUUGGGAAGAAGAGAGAGCAGAAAAAGGGUUGUCUAAGAAACAGUCUUUUGUAGACCUAGGAUGCGGAAAUGGUCUGCUGGUUCAUAUUCUGAGCAAUGAAGGGUACCCUGGUAGGGGAAUUGAUGUCAGAAGAAGAAAAAUAUGGGACAUGUAUGGACCACAAACGCAUUUAGAGGAAUGUGCAAUCAGACCAGAUGACAGUUAUCUCUUUCCAAAUGUUGACUGGCUAAUAGGAAACCAUUCAGAUGAGCUAACGCCAUGGAUACCUGUAAUUGCAGCUAGGUCUUCCUAUUCUUGUUGCUACUUUGUACUGCCUUGUUGCUUCUUUGAUUUCCAUGGAAAAUAUAACCGAAGGCAAAGCCAGAAGACACAGUACAGAGAAUAUCUUGAUUUUGUUACAGAAGUAGGACUGGAAUGUGGCUUCAGUGUGGAAGAAGAUUGCCUUAGAAUUCCCUCAACAAAAAGGGUAUGCCUCAUUGGGAAGUCCAGAACAUAUUCACCUCUGCUAGAAGAUCGAAUCGAUAAACAGAGAACACAGUAUAUUAACAACCGUCAGUCCUGCACUGGGAUCACAUCAGACAAAACAGUUGGAUCUAAUCAGUGUGACAGCCACUAUGUUGUAAACUGUGUCGUUGACCAAGCAGUAGAGUUGGAGUGUGCUGCAAAUGAGACCAAGACAGAUGGUGCCAGGGUCUGGUGGUCUGGAUUUCAACCCAGAGAAAAAGUAGAACAAGUCAGGAACUGUGCUGCUCUCCCUCGGGAUUUUGUAGAUGUUGUGGUUUUGACCGUGGCAAGUUUACUGUUAAAUGCAACCCAAGAGAAACCAUGGGAACAUACACUUGAUGUACAUUUGAACACCUGGAAUAAAGGAGAAAGUCUUUCCUUGAGGGAAGUAGCAGAACAUUUAGACAAAGAGACUUUAAAGAGAUUAAAGAAUGAAUAUGGAGGCCUCCAGACAUUGCUCAGGAACAAUCAUCAGGUGUUUGAAGUUCUAAAUGGAAGAGUUCAUAUUCGUGACUGGAGAGAAGAGAAACCCUCAAAGCGAACCAAGCCAGAAGUAAAACGAAGAUUUUCUGCUGAAGCUUUUAAAACACGUCUCUGCUGGUUUUUCAUCCACCAUCCUGACGGCUGUUCUCUGACUUCUGAAUCUUGUCCAUAUGCCCAUGGGACUGAGGAGCUGAGGCAGUCUCAGAUUAUGAAAAAGAAAAAGCACCCAUAGUAAUAAAGUACUGUUGGUUACUCUUACACAGUACAAAUAAAUGGAUUUCUGAUUAAUUUAUUGAACUGCUGAAUGCAUGAAGAAUGUAUAAGAUUAAGUCUGUCUUUAUUUAUGUGUUCAUUGUAUUUAUCCAGUUUCUAAGAAGUCCUUUUCUAAUUUUAAGUGAUUUUUUUUUCUUGUUUAGGGAUUUUUAUGGACAACUUUGAAAAUGUUGAAAUCCAGAUGAAAAUGUCCAUGAUUUAUUUUUAUUUUAUUUUUGGUAACAUCCUUAAAGUAUAGGAUUUUACAUUUUAAAAACAGUUGUGGUCUGACUGCUCAAUGGAUAUUAUGUUUUGUUCAAACAGAAAAGUAAAACCAACUUUUAAAAUCUCA